AUGAACAAGAACGACUUGUACCAUUUGUACAUCGAUUGCAGUAUGGAAACGCUGGUUGAGGAAUUAAGGCGGACAUUCCGGAGUCUCAUUGAAAGCAAGGCUUGGAUUGAUCAGACAACAAAAACGGAGGCUUUAAAGAAGAUCGAUGGUCUGGGAAGUAAAAUAGGAUACGCUGACAGGCUGAUGAAUGACUCCUACCUGGAAGGAAAGUACAAAUACGUGAAGAAAUUCUCCCAGAAUACUCCGUACGUGAAAAUCAUCGCCAACCUCUUGGGGAACAACGCGAUGCAAGCGCUGGAACAACUAGAGACCUACUACAACAAAUCCGUCGAAUGGUACACAGGACCUGCCGUAGUGAACGCUUUCUAUGCACCUGGGAGUAACGAUAUCUCGUUCCCGGCUGGGAUUCUGCAACCUCCUUUCUACGAGUAUGGAUUACCAUUGUCAGUGAACAUGGGAGCAAUAGGAAUGGUAAUUGGCCACGAAGUCACGCAUGCUUUCGAUGACACCGGCAGUCAAUUCGAUUCUGAUGGAAAAUUGCACAACUGGUGGACAGCUGAAACCAGAAAGGCAUUCAAGGAAGGUGCACAAUGCUUUAUAAAACAGUACGGCAGUAUCAAAGACAGUCAGACCUCGCUCAUGCUUAACGGUGUUAACACACAAGGUGAAAACAUUGCUGACAACGGAGGACUGUUUGGUGCAUUUCAUACAUAUCGAACACUCCUCGAAGAGAAGCAGGCAUACAAAGAUUUAGCCCUUCCUGGCCUCGAGAAUGUCACCAGCGAUCAAAUGUUUUUCAUCGCUAACGCCAUGGUAUGGUGCCAGAACACUCGGGAAAGACAGUUGCGUCACCUGAUUCAGUACGACGUGCACGCGCCAGCAAAAUACAGGAUCAUCGUACCCAUGAGCAACAUGCCUGAGUUCUCGGAGGCAUUUAACUGUUCAGCAAGCAAGCCGAUGAAUGCAACUCGCAAAUGUAGAGUGUGGUGA